AUGAGACCCGCAUCUAUUCUACGUGAUGAUAAUGUGCGCACUAUCUUCACCGACAAUGAGAUGCAAGUCGCUCGCGAACGUCGAGUCAAAUAUCUAGGUACAGUGAAAGUCAACAUUGCUGAAAUUGAAUUCGAGCCACCUUUACCUCAGGAUUUGGACUUAGACAACCUGGAGCGACUUCGCGGUAUCUUUCGCAAGCAAGGAUGUCGCCGGUUUGAAGUGAACCACUUUAUCCCGGCUAUUGUAUCUCAGGAUGCUUUUGAGGCAGCAGUACUACGAGCGCAAAUCCGUUCCCAUGAUCUUCUUAAUUCGGGCGAACAAAUUCCGACUUUGAAGUUUGAAAAAGGACAGCUAAAAGCACUUCACGGCCGACAUCGCUUACAAGUAGGGUCUGAACUUCUAGCACCCGUGGAAAGGUGGUGGACAGUUGACCUUUAUCUCAACCAUAUUGGCAAAGAUCUUAGGCAAUCGUUAGUUGAAGAAUACUCAAAUGAGAAAGCACCUACAGAUGGGGAAAUUUACUGGCGUGUCCGACAAUACGAAGCUGAGCAGAACGAGAAUUCUCGACAAAGAUGGUUUGUGCGUUUGUCAAAGAACAAGCAAAUGCGUCUAGAUCAGCUUGAUAACAAAAGAAAUCGUCGAUUGCGCCAGGGCCUCGACAAAUUGCUACAAAUUAGAGGUCUGUGGUGCUUGACGGAUUGA